AUGCUGAGAACCACUGGCAGUGCGGCCGAAGGCAGCAAAGAGUCGCCAGACGGAAGCACAGGUCCUAGGUCGCCGCGCCACGUUAGAAACAGGAACACUAAGAACCUUUCGCUGAGCAUAAGCAAAUCUCCUACGCAGCGCAUUUCGGCCAUGGAAGAGCACUUCGGAGUCACCCCGCAGGACACAUUGCAAGGUCCCGUACAGAUACCGAAGCCUACACCAAAUCAGAGGGAAGCACAGAUAUUCACGCUCUCCGGUGUAAUGAACUCUUCUGCAACAUCUCCAGUGUCAGCCACGGGCUCACAGGGCGCCAAAAACCGGCUCAAGAGGGGCAUGUCUUUGCCGUUAUCUUUGAAAACAGCAAACGUUCGUAGCGCAGCGGCACACAGCUUCUCGCACCAAAGCCCAGGUGCAGAGCGCACCUCCUCUAGCAUAGAGGCCCAAAGCUUGCUAUUGGGAUCUCAGCCCGACCCCCCGCAGCCGAUAACCUCCUGGGUUUAUCACAAGAGCUCAUCUCUAUCGUCCUCACCAUUGGAUGAAGAAAAUGGGCCCUACACGUAUACAGAGGUUUACAAGGAGAACGCCUACCCGGCGGGUCCACUGUUGGUGUUUGGUUCAUACAUCUACUUGUAUUCUGAACCGACAGUUGAGGACAUGUCAAAAUUUGAUGUGGUUAUCAAUGUUGCCAAAGAAGUACAGGACUGCAGGGCACAACUUCAACCAUCUGAAAGCUUAGAAUACCACCACGCUGAAUGGACUCACACCACCAAGAUAUGUACGGAUCUGCCGAGACUUACGCAAAUCAUUCAUCAAGCAGUUAUUGCUAAGAAGAGAGUGCUGGUACAUUGCCAAUGCGGGGUGUCGCGGUCUGCUUCUUUGAUCGUUGCAUAUAUUAUGCGCUACCAAAACCUGGCUCUCAACGACGCUUACAACAGGCUUAAAUCAGUAGCCAAGGACAUAAGCCCGAAUAUGAGCCUUAUUUUCCAACUAAUGGAAUGGAACGAGGCGCUCAAUGCCCAGCGACAACGCACUGCCCAGGAGGAUCUGAAGGUUGCUCGCAAUAAGGCUUCCUCGCUAGACCUGGAUAAGAGCAACAGCGAUCCCGUUGAAAUUGCGAAUAUGAUAUCACAACAGAAUGCACUGGAUCUUUCCAGCCCUAAUUGCUCCAGCGUUUCUACCGAAAACACUCCGUGCACGCCUAGUGAGUUUCUGAAUUGUGACCAGUUAACGUCUACGGCUACCAGCUCAAGUAAACUCUUCGGCACUGCUAGGCCUCUGGUGCCCGGCCCCCCUCCGCACCUAUCAAAUUUUAACUCAUUCGCCCAAUCUCCGGUAGAAAUAGGUGAUAAAGGUCGCUCUGGUUGGGAUUAA